AUGUCAGGGAUCAUGGACCAGGUCUGGAAGGUCACCAAAAUCUUGUAUUUUGGAGGCCUGGCUGUAUUUUGGAGGCAGGCAUAUGAGACCAUUCUUGACCACAUCUGGUGGCUGGGUGUGCUAGAAGUUCCAACUUCCCCUACACCUGAUGUGGCAGAAAGUGACUUUUUGCUGGCCAACAGUAGUUUAGUGGAACCUGAGAAAGGGAAAAAGGAGCAUCUUCCAGAAAGUUUAGGUCCCAGCAGAGAGAGAAUGUCCCAAAGGAGCUCCAGCAGAGCCUCCUGGAAGAUCUCCAAGGGCCCAGUGGCUCAGGGAACAGCAUGGAAUUCCACAUCUGUUAAAUCCUAGGCAUCUCCUUUUGCAAAGUGCAUUCAGACUGAAAAAGGGAGCAAACAGAGUCUGCAGGCCAAAACUCCCCCCACACAGAGUGCUCAUUCAAGAAGCCUUGAAGACAAAAGAGAAGAUAGUUCUGCCACUGAAGACCUAAUAGUGGGGCAUAAGCCAAGAGAGAGGAGCAGCACUUACCACCUGUCUGCAACGUCCAGGCAGCGGGAAGCAAAAGACACCAAAUCUGUCUCAAAUGCCAAAGAACCAGUAGCAGGCCAGCAGCAAACACUGAGGUCUAGAGGGCCUGGAUCUUCCCAGAAGACCAUCACAGCCAAGAAGAUCUGCAGCAGAUUAAGUGCCAAAGAGUCCUUAGCAUCAUUAAAGCCAGAUAUGAAAGCAGAAUGGAAGCUCCUGGAGAACAGAAGCAGUUUAAUCCGUGCUAAUAACAAAUAUAAAUUUGCCAGUGCAGCUGAACUUACCAGCAAUGACGAGGAACAGGGAGCUCUGUGCAAGGCAGCAUUGAUCGUGGGACAGAAGAGAAUCAGUGAGCGUACUGAAAUGCUAAAAAACUCCUUGAACUCUACAUCUUCUGCUGAUUACAACCAGCUGGGUUUUAACCUGAGGUCAAAUAUUUUCCAAGGUGGCCCACUGGAGAGCCGAAGCUUGAUGAAAGAUUCCUACACCCCUGAUAUAAUUCAGAAGGCAAUCAGGGAUCCCAAGAAUUGGCACGGAAGGAGGACUGAUGAGCUAGGAAAAUGGCAUCAGAAAAAUGCCCUAAAUCUCAACAUGCAGAAAACAUUGGAGGACAAAUACGGGAAGAAAAAAAGGCAAGCCUAAGAAGAUGGAGGUUGAGGAUUGGAGUGCAUUCAGCAAGAGAUCUUUUUCCUCAGCCAUCUAAUAAACCUCCACCUAAAGCACGAACCCAUUGCUUGCUAGUUGUCUGUGUUGCCAUUGCUCUCUUCCCCUCUCAGUUAGGGUGUCUUUGGGGAGAGUAAUGCAAGAUAAAUCUGAAUGUGAAUGCAAAACAAAUCCCUUUCUUGGUCACUGUAAGGCGGGGCUGAUCAGUGUGUGAGGCACACACCCUCACAGAGGGAUGUGCUGGUGAAAGGAGGCCGUAUAGAAAUUCAUCUGCUAAGCACGUAAGGUGGAGCAGGACCUGUGAGCAGUGUAAAAGGGUGAUGGCGGGAGGUGGAAGGAGGUGUGCGGGUGCGUGUGUAUGUGCAAACUCAUGUUUGCCAGAAGGUUCACAGUACUUUGACAGCUGCCCCAGCAGUCCAGAGAGAAGUACAGAGGAUGCACUGGGAAUGAACCAGGCUUGCCCAAGGACCUGAAUGCUGCCUCUCUCUCCCCACACUGAAGGCUGUGAAACUCCCACACAUGGAAGCUUCAGGGCUGUAUAUGGAUAGCAGCUAGACACACCAAGCACAGGACCAGCUCCCUAUUGGUGUUUCCAAGGUGAAUUCAUGGACUCUUGCCAGAAAGGCACAAACCAGCAUCCACGCAAUAACCUGGGCACAACUCUGUAUGAUUGGUACCAGAUGUCCACAUGGGGUAGGAAAGGAAGGUUCUCUGCCCACCACUCUAGUUUUGUUGUUUUAUCUGCCACAUGGAGGAUUUCAGGGAAAGCUCUUACCCUGGCAGGGAGCAGCACAAAUGGGCAAAACCAAAUGGAACCUCACCUGAGGAGGCAUCAGGGUAUUCACUAAAGCCCGCACUAUUUGUAGGUCAAGCCAAUGCAAAAAAACACAGCUUAUCCCACCUAAAGGGAACAGGAAAGCUACAAGAAGCCCCAGGACUUCUCCAAUUUGCAAAUCGCCCCACAAUGUGAAUGGACCCUUACCAAAGCUCUCAUAAGCCCUUUCCCUUGGUCAAAGGUAAAUAAAUGUCUUUCAGAGAGAAGCAUGUGCUUCCAGCACACAGUCUGCACAAUCUGAAGUUCAGGGACUGUACCUGGACAGUAAGCAAGGACCGCCCAAGGGCUUGAAUGAUGCAAGACACGUAGGGUCUUCAGGGCUUCCUGAUGUGUUUUUCUUACAGUAUUUAAUGGGCCUUAUUGCAGGAUCCUGCCUUCCAUCUCCAAAGCACAGCAGUUUGGAGCAGCAAUCACAAAGUACAUGUCUGGGAAUGGUGGUGCCCUGAUCUUUCCUGUCUGGUCCCAAGCUUUCAGUAUUUUAAAAGAUUGUUGCCUGCUCCCUCAUAUGAACUGUUUUGGGGCAGAAUUGGGGUUGUUACUUCACUCUUCAUCAGCUGGGGAUUAGAUAACAAUAUGCUGACUUCAUAAAAUAGUGAAGGAAGUUAAAAUGUAACUAAUGAUAAUCAUUUUCCACCACCAAUAAUUAACUGUUUGGAAUUCAGAUGUUUCUGGGCACAUGUCCAAGUCAUUCAGAUUAAUGAGACCGGCCAAAUGGCAGCUUGUAGAAUCUUCCCUGUGGGUUUUCCUUGUACAUCAGCACCAAGUGGCUCCUGCCUGACCACACAUCACUCUAGCUUCAGCUGAACAGCACAGCUCUGUAGGAACACCCUGUUCCCAGUGUUGCA